UGUCGUUUACUCACAGGGAGCGAGACACACACGGACACAGCAGAGUGGGGCAUAUGCCUGAGGAGCAUCUGGACACUCAGGAGAAAUGACUCUACCAGCUACCAGCAUCCCCGACUUCAAUGUCACAGCAUUGUAUGGAGACCAUAAAAGCAUCAAUGACACAACCUGUCCUGAAUCAGAGGCCUGGGCAUGGAUCCACCUCACUGGGCCGGUUUAUGUUCUGACCAUCAGUGUGCUGGGAAUCUUCUUCAACCUCUUCGUCCUGAUGGUUUUCUGCCUCCACAAGAAGCCCUGCACAGUCGCUGAGAUCUACCUGAGCAACCUGGCUGCAGCGGAUCUAGUUCUGGUGUCCUGUUUGCCUUUCUGGGCCAUCAACAUUUCCAAUAAUUACAAUUGGCCCUUUGGACUGUUUAUGUGCAAAAUUGUGAAUGUAGGCAUCAAAAUAAACGUCUACGGCAGCAUCUAUUUCCUCGUUCUGGUGGGUAUUGAUCGAUACGUGGCGCUGGUGCAUGCUUUGUCGCAUGGGAGAAUGCGCAGGGCCAAAUAUGCUAAACUAGGCUGCCUGCUGACGUGGGGUUUUGGCCUGUUGCUCAGCAUUCCCACAUUCAUCUUUAGGGAUGUGAAACACUUUCCUGAGUAUGGAGUUCAUGCCUGCUACCUGGAUUACCCAAAUUCCACUCUGGAGAUGCUCUAUGAUGUGAUGCUGCUGAUUCUUAGCUUCAUCGUCCCUUUUUUAAUCAUCUUGUUCUGCACUUUGAGGAUCAUUCGGGCUUUAAAAAAGCAGUCAAUAGAGAGGGUCAAUGCGACGAACACAGAGCAGAAGGCCACCAUCUUGGUCCUGGUGGUCCUCCUAGCUUUCCUCGUGUGCUGGGUGCCGUUCCAUCUCGUCACCAUUUUGGAUAUCAUGGUGCGAGCCGAGGUCCUGGAAGGGUGUGACCUAUCGACCACUUUAGAUAUCUGCAACCAGGUGUUCACCUACCUGGGCUUCUUCAACAGCGUCCUGAACCCAGUCCUCUACGUUAUUGUUGGUAAGAACUUCAGGAAAAAAGUUUGGGAACUCAUGAAGCAGUGGAACAUCAAGAGAAGAACUGCAACCGAGUCCACCCGCUCAAAUUUAUCUUCCACACUCAAGACUUUAGUCUAAAACAUCUGAGAAAUGCUGGACUUUACAGGAAGAUGACUGUACAGAGAUAUCAGUAAUGUUAAAAUCAUACACCAUGCUCAUGAAUGAACUGCAUCUGGUUUGAAAUUAACAUGCUGGAUACUUUACAUAUUAAAGCCUAAUGUUUAAUUCAACAGCUAUAAAGUAGAAAACAUAAGCUUUUGUCACUGUUCAGUAAGUUGUUGUGAAGCAGACGGGUUCAUGUGUUGCAAAUACUGAAGUUGUACAUGUGAUAGUUGUGUGAUGUGAACAGUUUCUGGGAAAUGUCUGUAAAUAUGCUUUUCCUACACAGUUGCUCUCUGCUUUGAAAAAGCAUUAAGUAUGCAUUAUAACCUAUAAUAAAAGGAAAAAUCUUUAAACGGUUAGAGUGGGUACGGAAAGUGACUCCCCAGAGUCACAACAACUGCUUGCUGAGGGUUUCUGACUCACUAUCUGCAUUUACUUCAGGCUUUCCUGCGGCGACACAAAAACAUGCCAGCUUGUGGUCAGCACAGACAUCCACCGUCUCAAUUUACAUUUCUGUCCACAAAACCAUCUAACGGGGCAGCGUUGACUCAUUGUGGGCUGUGGGCAAGGGUGCGCCCACCUUAAAAAUGGAGACAAUAUGGCAAACAGGAAGGCAAGUCUUACCACACGUGCCAGGGAUGAAAAUAGUUGAGAAAAUAAAAAUUGAUGCAGACAAAGAACAUCAAAUGAAAGAAAAAUAUUUGCAGAGUUUGACCUCUUUUCACAUCAGGUUUGCUUAUCUUUUAUAAUUCUACAGCCAUAACUUCACCUUUCUUCUGUAAAGCUAAAACUUAACUGCAAUCAAGCCUAAUGUUUCUGUUUUAGGGCCAUAUUUAAUGGUUUCUAUCUGUGUUCAGACAUCCUCUGUGUCUAUUUAAACUUUGGAUGCUAUCCUGGUCAGACCUGCAUUAUAGCGUGAUAACACUUGUUUCAAACAUUGUUUUGUUCCUGAUGCUUUUCAUUACCUGGUGACUCAAGUGAGUCACUCAAGUCUGAAAGGAGAAGGAAAACAACCUCAGUCUGAUGGUUGCAAAUAAUUUAAUCCACAACAGAAGGAAAAUCCUCCUGGAUCCUGUUUUUAUUAUUAUCUUACAAGUAUGGCACUGAGAUGCUACCUAUGACACAUCUGGAUGUGAUUCGACAUGAAUCAAUAGCAAAUAAAUGUUAUUCUGGUUGUAUAAACAUGGCGUGACUGUGAGUAUCUGUGAUGGAAGUGGUAAACUAAACAGCUGGAACACCCAAGAUAAAGAACACAUAAAUAUCAAACCGGUGAAAUCCCAAACACCGAAAGCCUUACAUGUUUGUGAAGCUGUUGAAGGAAAUGGUUUACAACUAAGAAAUCUGAAGUUUACCUCUUUGGACUGAACCUCCAGGUUGUAUGAGAACAACAUCUGGAGCUGAGGAUAAAAGGCUGAACUCAUUAGAAAGAAAUGCAUUUCUUCAAAACAUGCAACUGUAACAGUCAGCCGUUAACCCAGUUUCUUGUGACAAAAUCGUCUUAAUACUGAGGCUGUGCUUGCAUGUAGUUAAUGCCUGUUGAUGCAUAUUCAACACAUACCAAGGA